AUGACCGCCCAGUCCAACGAACGCCCGGCAAAUGUCCUAUUUGUCUGCCUGGGCAAUAUCUGUCGUUCUCCAAUGGCAGAAGGUGUCUUCCGCAACUUCGCCGCGUCCCAUGCCUUGAUUGGGGAGAUCGACUCAGCCGGCACUGCCGCCUACCACAGCCUUGAGCCCCCCGACUCCCGCACCAUGUCCACUCUGCGCCGCCACAAGAUCACCAACUAUGACCAUGCUGCACGGAAGGUCACUCGCGAGGACUUCCUCACCUUCGAUUACCUCCUUGCCAUGGACAAGUCCAACUUGCGCGAGCUGUUGCAUGAGCGGGAGUUGGUCGUUGCGGCUUUGCAACGCAAGUCUUCUUCCAAGUCGGGUGCUCAGAGUACUCGCUCGCACGUCGAUGCUGCCAUCGGCGAAUACAAAGAGGAUACGAAGGUUGCGGAGGUGCGCAUGUUUGGUGAUUUCGGCAAGGCUGGAAAGCUGAAUGACCGUGUUGGUGGUGGUGAGGUCGUGCAAGACCCCUACUAUGGCGGUGCCAAUGGGUUUGAGGAGGUCUACCAGCAGGUCGUGCGAUUCUCUCAAAACUUCGUCGAUUAUUUGGAGCAGAAGCCCGCCAGUUCCGAGUAA